CGACUUUAAUCUUUCCUGCCGCAAAGAUUCUGCCAUGGCCAGGGAAGGGGAGAAAGGGGAUUGUAUUGGUUGGGCAGCGAGGGACGCAUCUGGAGUUCUGUCACCCUAUAAAUUCAAUAGAAGGCCCCUUGGAAAUGAUGAUAUCUCUAUAAAGAUAACAAAUUGUGGUGUGUGUUAUGCGGAUGUUCUCUGGACAAGGAACCAACAUCACGAUUCUAAUUAUCCUCUUGUGCCGGGGCAUGAGAUUGUUGGCGUUGUCACUGCUGCUGGCGCCAGUGUUACAUGUUUCAAGGCUGGUGAUCUUGUAGGUGUUGGAACGUAUGUUAAUUCUUGCAGAGAAUGUGAAUAUUGCAAUGCUUAUACAGAGCAUCACUGUGCAAAAGGAGCAAUUUGGACUUUCAACUCCAUUGAUAUAGAUGGAACAUUCACAAAAGGAGGAUAUUCCAGCUACAUUGUUGUCCACCAAAGAUACUGCUUCUUGAUACCUGAAGGCUAUCCACCAGCAAUGGCAGCACCCCUUUUGUGUGCAGGAAUCACUGUAUACAGUCCAAUGAAACACUACAACAUGAACCAGCCUGGAAAAUCUCUAGGAGUCGUCGGGCUCGGCGGCCUCGGCCAUAUGGCAGUCAAAUUUGCUAAAUCAUUUGGCCUAAAUGUAACAGUUUUCAGUACAAGUGCAUCCAAGGAAGAGGAAGCUAUACAAAUUCUUGGAGCUGAUAAAUUUGUUAUCUCGUCUGACAAGCAACAGAUGCAGUCACUUUCUAAAUCUCUGGACUUCAUCAUUGAUACUGCUUCGGGAAAACACCCACUUGAUGCUUAUGUUUCAAUUUUAAAGCCACAUGGAGUCCUUGUCUUUGUGGGCUCUAUCGGCGAAGUUAGACUGCAAUCUCUAGACCUUAUUCAUGGUUCAAAGGCCAUAGCUGCGAGUGCUGUAGGAGGUACCAAGGACAUUCAAGAGAUGAUAGAGUAUUGUGCAGCAAAUAAGAUAUACCCACAAAUUGAAAUGAUUCAUAUACAAGAUAUAAAUGAAGCACUUGAGAGGCUUGUGAACAAGGAUGUCAAGUAUCGAUUUGUGAUUGAUAUUGAGAACUCUCUCAAAUAAUUUGAACAGGCAGUGCAGUUUCAAGAGUUUGAUGGAGCUGUUUGUAGUUCUUCGGUGGUUUCUGCAUUUUCUACUGAGUUCAAUGUCAAUAAAGGUUGUGUGUUUCCUUGUGAACACCAGUUAUACGAGAUUUAUUUCUUGUGCUUGGUAAAUUUCCUUGUAAUAUCCUGAAUUAUCUAAAACUGAAUUCUGUUAAGAAUAUCAUGAUUAUAAAUUAA